UGUUCAAACUACCCCCAAUCUUGGGCAGGUUUUCAACGAAAUGCUAUUUUUUCCUUGCAUUUUUUGUCCACCACGUAUUCAAGUCAUUCAAGCUAACCAUAUUUUGUUCGUCAUUUUUCAAGAGGUUUUUGUAUAUAAAUUAGGAAGCAGAUGCAACUAAAAUCAAGCCAUCGUUUGAGAUAGUUGAGAUUGUGGAGACAUUUUUUUUUUUUCUUUUUAUAUUCAGAUGACGGCAAAAAUGCUUACAGUAAGAUCCAUUGAUUAUGAAUCCCAGAAAAGGGAGACAACAUUGAGAACGGUUAGCUUCAAGAAAAGCAACUUGAACAAGUCUGAUAACUCUGAAGGUCUACAUAAAAUGAUUAUUGAAGAAUCUCUAAGAUCAACAAAAAGGAAAAUAGGAGAGCUAAAGCUCCAGACAGCUGUUUCAUUCAAGAAUCCAGUUCUGGAUGUUGAGAACAAUGAAGUGGAAAGCAAUGGUGAUAUUUCUUUCAAAGAAUUAAAGCCCACGAUAACUUCGUUGAAGCCGGAGAAUAUCAUUUCUUCAAUGCUUUCGAGUGAGCCCGUUGCAGCUGCAAUCAAGGUGCAGAAAGUGUACAAGAGUUACCGAACCAGACGUAACCUUGCUGAUUCCGCUGUUGUGGUUGAGGAGCUAUGGUGGAAAGCAUUAGACUUUGCUGCUCUUAGGCAGAGCUCUGUGUCAUUCUUUGACUCUGUUAAAUCAGAAACUGCUGUUUCAAGAUGGGCAAGGGCUAGGACAAGGGCAGCCAAGCUCGGAAAAGGUUUGUCAAAGGAUGAGAAGGCUCAACAAUUAGCGCUAAGACACUGGCUUGAAGCAAUUGAUCCACGCCAUCGUUAUGGGCACAAUCUGCAUUUGUAUUAUGAUGUCUGGUUUAGCAGUGAGAGCUCCCAACCUUUCUUCUACUGGUUGGACAUUGGAGAUGGGAAAGAAGUAAAUCUUGAGAAAUGCUCGAGGACUGAUCUACAGCAUCAAUGCAUCAAAUACCUUGGACUUAAAGAGAGGGAAGCAUAUGAAGUGAAAGUGGAGAAUGGGAAGCUGGUUUACAAACAAAGUGGACUUUUGGUGGAUACUGAUGCAGCUGCGGGUAAAAAGUGGAUCUUUGUUCUCAGUACGUCGAGGACCAUGUAUGCUGGUGAGAAGAAGAAAGGUCUUUUCCAACACUCCAGUUUUGUAGCAGGAGGUGCUAUCAUUGCAGCAGGGAGAUUUGUUGCAAGCAAUGGGGUUCUUGAGGCUAUAUGGAGUUACAGUGGUCAUUAUCGGCCAACGGAGGAGAGUUUCACUGAGCUCAUUAGCUUCUUAGAAGAACAGCAAAUGGACCUGACAAAUGUUAAGAAAUUUCCAAUUGAUGAUGAUGUUCCACCUAAUAAGAAAGAGAAAAAGAAGUCAAGUUCCAUGAAAGACAACCUCAUCAAAGAUAAAACACUAUCACUUGAAGUAGCAGCCAAUGAAAAUAAGGUCAUUACAAUUACAAAAGAUAGUGAUGAAAAUGGCCAGAAAGAUAAUGAAAGCAAUGGAGAAGCACCACCAAAAUUGGAAUUGAGAAAGUCAUUUUCAUGCAAAUGGAGCACUGGAGCUGGUCCCAGGAUAGGUUGUUUGAGAGAGUACCCAACAGAGCUCCAAUCUAAGGCACUUGAACAAGUCAAUCUAUCACCAAGGUUCUGUGCUACCAUUAACAACAAUGCUCCAAUUCCUUCUCCUAGACCUAGUCCAAAGUUUCACUUAUCACCUAAAGUUGCUUAUAUUGGACUUCCUAGUCCAUCUUUACAAAACCUAUGUGGUAAAUAGGAGAUUUUAUAACAGCAAAAUGAUGAAUGCAAACAAGUGAUGAGAAAUAAAGGGAUUAAUCUAAAUCUGUUAUAUAUAUAUAUAUAUAUAUAUAUACACACAUAUAUAUAUAUACACAAAUUUUCACU